UCGGUCCAAACUUGGUUCUCAUUUCUUCCCUCCUAUUCACUUCUCCAUACCUUAAAACUUGCUUAUCAUCUCCUCUUCUUUCUGUUCCUCCCACCUGACGUUCCCUUAUUUACUAAGAUCUAUACUUUCCGAAACUCCUUUAGACAAAACGAUCCCAAUCCCAGGGGAAAAUGGCCUUCCUUUGCAGCUGUCUUCCAAAGACAGUUCUGUUUGCUCCAUGGCAUAGGUAUGGGCACAGAAUUCUAGGCCUUCUGAGCCUUCCAAAAAUCAUACCACACGCAGGGCAUAUGUUGAGUAAUCGUUUAAAAAAAAAAAAAAAAAAAAGACAAAUACUUCCCCUGUUCAGUAAGGCAGAAAAAACGUUCAAGAAGUAAAAGCUUUUGGUACCUUCCUUUCCCCUUCUGUUUCAAAAUGCCCCAACCCAGCUUUCUCCGCCCUCCACUCUUCCCACGUAUACAGAAUGCCUGAAAAAUAUAUGCAGUCUGCAGGCUUCGCUGGACCAGCCCUUAACUCUGUGUCCCAGAACCGAAAACGCGAAGCGGGUCCAUUCACCCCAGGUUCGCUCACGACCCAAGGGAGGGUCUACACGGGCCGGCCGCAGCGCGGGAUUUCCGGGAUCAGGCACCGGCGCCGGCUGGACAACGGAAAAGGGCUCCGGGAAAGGAGGGGUGCGAGCGAGAAAUGGCUGGAAAUCUUUUGAAGACAUCAUCUUUGACUGUAAAGAAAAAAUUACUGCAUCAGAUGGGAGUAUCACUUUAUAAUACAUCUCAUGGGUUCCAUGAGGAAGAAUUAAAAAAAAAACUUCAGCAGUUUCCUGGUGGAUCCGUUGACCUUCAGAAGGAAGACAGUGGCAUUGGCAUUCUUACUCUGAAUAAUCCAAGUAAAAUGAAUGCCUUCUCAGGUGUUAUGAUGCUACAACUUCUGGAAAGAGUGAUUGAAUUGGAAAAUUGGACAGAGGGGAAAGGUCUCAUUGUCCGUGGGGCAGAAAAUACUUUCUCCUCAGGAUCUGAUUUGAAUGCUGUGAAAGCAUUAGCGACUCCAGAGGAUGGACUGGUCUUAUGUAUGUUCAUGCAGAACACCUUAACAAGAUUGAUGAGACUCCCUUUAAUAAGUGUUGCACUGAUUCAAGGUCGGGCAUUGGGUGGAGGAGCAGAAGUUACUACAGCAUGUGAUUUCAGAUUAAUGACUGCAGAGAGUGAAAUCAGAUUUGUCCACAAAGACAUGGGUAUAAUACCAAGCUGGGGCGGUGCUACCCGACUAAUUAAAAUCAUUGGCAGUAGGCAGGCUCUCAAAGUGUUAAGCGGGGCUCUCAAAUUGGAUUCAAAAAAAGCUCUAGACAUAGGAAUGGCUGAAGAGGUCUUGCAGUCUACAGAUGAAACUGAAUGUCUAAGGGAGGCACAAGAAUGGCUAAAGCAGUUUACCAGAGGGCCACCGGAAGUAAUUAGAGCUUUGAAAACAUGUGUUUCUUCAGGCAAAGAGCUUUGUUUCGAGGAGGCAUUACAGAUUGAAAAAGACCUAGUAGGAACAGUUUGGGGUGGACCUGCAAAUAAAGAGGCUAUUGCCAGGAAAGGAAAAUUUAAUAAAUAGUUUUUAAAAAUAUGAUGUACUACAAAGGAAAACCCCAGUGAUUAACAUUUAUAGAAGUUAAAUAUCAUAAUUACUUUGAAGGCUACACUAGUAUUUGAUUUGUUUUUAAUCAUUUUUUUGAAUAGGUGAAGUUAUUGACCUAGUUUCCAGUAUAUUUAGGUAAUUAUCAAGUAAUCUGAAAUAUUCAGCUAAAAUAUCCCACACUUGACUUAAAAGUUGUCAUCAAUUCCCACACUGGUUCUUACCCUACAACCCAAACAAAGACCAGUUUUUUAAAAGGAAAAAACCUUUCCACAAAACCUACUCCUGGAUUAUUAUUUUUUUUUUAAUAUAGUAUUGGUUUUGUCUUACCUGGAAAUAAUUUACAAAGAUAACUUAAUGAAAAUUGUGCUAAAGAACAAAAAGUGGAGAGAGGUCAGGGACAAGAUAAAAAAAAGGUAUGACCGAUCAUUUUCUUCUGCUCUAAGCAGCUAAGAGGUAAAGAAUUGGGGAGGGGGCACCUGUGGAUCAGUUGGUGGAGCAUGUGACUCUUGAUAUUGGGGUUCUGAGUUCAAGCCUCACACUGGGUAUAGAGAUUACU